AUGCUUCGGACCUCUUUGCGGUCUGUGUCAGGCCCUUCAAGCCGACAUGUUCGUCUCUCCUGUCUAGCGCGCCCUGGCGCGCUCAAUUUGCGCCAGUUUCACCGCAUACCUGCACUCCGUACCGAUUCAGGCGAACUCAAGCCGGAAACCAAUUCAUUUGACGCGUUGACCGAGCCUUCAGUGCCACUGCCGCCCAAGGGUCGGAUUCCAGAGACAGAAGAUGCCGCCUCUUCUAAACCCCAGAAACCCCAGCUGUUGCCACGUAAAGCAAGACAGCUCACUGCUUCUGUAUGGGCUGGGAUGACUACCUCACAAAAAAAUAAUUACAAACAACGGCAUACCUCAGAAUUUCGCAAGUUCAGGAAGUCAAUGAUAGCCGACAGAAAUAUUACACUCACCCAAGCAAUAAAGUUGGAACUGGAGCGGGUCAAAUCAAUACAGUCAGAGGCAACACCGUCAGAGACUGCCCUAUCAGACGCCGCAUCGUUAGAGACCGCACCGUCAGAGGCCGCACCGUCAGAGGCUGCCCCGUCAGAAGCAGCACGGGUGGAAGCAGAAAAAAUCAAGGCCUUGCAACGAAAGGUUAUGGCAACGGAUAUGGAAGCCAAGCGGGAAAGAAAGGCCAAAAUUAAGGAGGAAAAACGGCUGGCUAAUGCCAAAAUUGAGGCUACAGACGGCCCAGCAGAUACGCCAGCAGUCAGUGCACCCAAGAAGAGCACACUCAACUUGAAGUCCACUAGCAAUGUUGUGGCUCAAAUAUUGGAAACCAGCUCCAAGAACGUACCCAAGGAGGAGAACGAGAGGGAAAUUCUUGAUUUUAUCAAAGCCCACAUUACGUCUAAGGACCGCGGGUAUCUUUCCUCAAUGGACCCUGACCUGAACUUAAAAAAGGUGCCUGUCCCCAUGUCUCCUGUCCCACGCGUCGCCUUUGGUCUCGACCGAGUGCUUUUCAAUCCCGGUGUCUACCAGCUACGUGACCCUCGGUCUCUUGUCUACAAUUUCGACCCCUACCUGGAUCAGAUCAUGCCCGUGACGGAAUUUGACUUCGAUACCUUGAAGCCGUACGUCACCUCCUCUCAAGAUGUGACGGCUUGCGAAAUGACCAAGAAAAAUGAAAAGAAGUACUACGGCUCCUCGUCGAGCAUGACUUCAGUUCUCGCUCAUUUCCAUUAUCUUCUGUCCGCGUGGCGGCCCGUCGACACUAGCAAAAUUUCUCGGGGUUUCGAGGACAAGCAGCAGACCUUCACCCGUCUCCUUCGAGCGCCGACUGCAAUGUUCCUCCGUUAUAAGGAAAAGGAGGAUGUCUACGCCAUUGACGCGGACAAGGAAUACGACUACGCUAAUAUUCUUAUGAAUCUGGGCAAGUCAAUGGAGAAGCAACUCACACUGCCAAAGGAUCAGUUUGAGCGCUACCGCCGCAGUGAUGCAAACAAGAUCACUGCUGAGGAAGAAGCAAGCAUCCCGGAGUCAUACCACUACAGCACCUCAGGCAAGUUCCUCUUGCGGUCGCAACUCGACGCAUACGAUCCCAGACUGCCAGGUACUGGCAUGUUCGACUUGAAAACACGUGCGGUGGUUUCGAUCCGCAUGGAAGCCACGGAGCAUACGCGUGGGAUGGGCUACGAGAUCAGACGCCGCUUUGGCAAGUGGGAGUCCUACGAACGCGAAUACUUCGACAUGAUCCGCGCCGCCUUCCUCAAGUAUUCCCUGCAGGUGCGCGUUGGCCGCAUGGACGGCAUCUUUGUCGCGUAUCACAACAUUGAGCGCAUCUUCGGUUUCCAAUACAUCCCUCUCGACGAAAUGGAUCAGGCUUUGCACGGCACGAGCAACACCUCACUCGGAGACAGAGAAUUCGAACUGAGUCUCGGCCUGUGGGAGAAGAUCCUAGACAAAGCAACGCAGAAGUUCCCCAAGAAGUCUCUCCGUUUCCACUUUGAGACCCGCGAGGGUGCCACACCCUACAUGUACAUCGUGGCGGAGCCCGUCACGGAGGAGCAGAUUGAUGCCAUCCAGACAUCGAACAAAGCCCACAUCGAUGCCAUCCAGGACCGCCUCCUCAACCCGAAUCACUUCGUCGACAAGAGCGCAGAAGCAGCCGUGGGGUCAGCCGAGGAGCUAGUCGAUGAUCCAGAGGAGCUAGCCGAAGACGAAUCCCUCUAUCCAGACGAGGACUUAGCCGAACCCGAAUCCCUCUAUACAGAGGAGUCAUCACCACCCGAACCCAUCUAUCUAAAGGAGGAUCCCUCAGCCCCAUCCCUGGCGGACACGCUCUUCCCCAAAGAGGAAGGCGAGGAAGAAUCCGAAGCCGAAGCGUCAGAACACGACCCCUCCCUCGAGCACCCGGAAGCCGAGACGGACCCCUUGGACAACACCAAGACCAUACCCCUGCGCCCUGAAUUCGACGAGAACGACCACGGCGAGAACAUACUCGGGAUGACACUCGUCGUGCGUAGCAAGGUGAACGGACAACCCGUGGAGCGGCCGACGCGGUUCACUGCGUCAGAUAAUUGGACGAUUGACUACGAGCUUAACGAGCUUGAUGUGGAGGAGACUGAAAAUGUUCUGCGGGGGUGCAAGAAGCGUCGCAAUAACGCAUUGAGAAAGAACGUGCAAGAUCAUGAGGCUAGUUUCUUCACGGUUUUGAAAAGGGUGACUCAAAGAGGGCGUGCCUGGCGGAAGCGUAUGGACGAGAAGGACCGUGAGCGUGGGAUUCUUGUUUAUAAGAGUGCUAGUGAGUCGUGA